GUCGCACCAGAACUAGCUUGGUAAGAUUUUUUUUCCCCUAAAGAUUGAUUGAAGCACCUUUUUACACCCAUAUUUAUACUCAGAAUGGGCCAGUGGAUAGCAUCUGCCUUGAGUUCCUUAAUGGGAAAACAGGAAGUCCGCAUCUUGAUGGUGGGUCUGGAUGCGGCGGGAAAGACCACGAUUCUUUACAAGCUCAAGCUUGGUGAGGUCGUGACGACCAUUCCUACCAUCGGUUUUAAUGUUGAGACGGUGGAGUACAAGAAUUUGAAGUUCACGAUGUGGGAUGUUGGUGGCCAGGAUAAGCUGCGUCGUCUUUGGCAUUAUUACUAUCAGAACUCAAACGGCAUUAUUUUUGUUGUAGACAGUAACGAUCGAGAGCGUAUUGACUCAGCGAAAAGGGAGUUAGAUAAGAUGUUAAUGGAAGACGAACUUCAGAAAGCGGUUCUACUUGUUUUCGCCAACAAGCAAGACUUGCCAAAUGCCAUGAACACAAACGAGGUCACGGAUAAGCUUGGGCUGCAUGCGCUUCGUCAGAGAUCGUGGUAUAUCCAGGGCUGCUGUGCAACUACCGCUCAGGGACUGUACGAGGGUCUUGAUUGGCUUUCCGCAAAUAUAAAAAAAGCAAUGAAAUAGAAAAAAAUAUUGCCUAUCGCUGAUAUUACACAGGUAUUAUUUUGAUUUAUGGAUUAAUCCUAUAAGGGCUUUCCUAGAUAGAAUGUAUUUGUGUCUUUUUUUUCCUAAAUUGGGAUUUUAAGAGGUGAUAAAUCAUGCAUAAUAUUUUGUUCUUGGGCUUCAAGAUGGUGCUAUAUCGGUGUCUGACAUUAUAAGUGACGUUUUUUAAAAAAUUGGUUUAAUUAUUAUUUUGAAUGGUUGCAAACAAAAAAAAGUGUAGUGUGCUUCGCUAGAUAUGAGAUUCCAUAAAAAAAAGAAUGCUUUUA